GAGUUGCCCUUGUGUAGUGACGUCACGCGUGUUCGUCAGAGGAGAACCUGUAACAGGAAAAAAAAAAGAAAAGAAAAAAGAAAGGAAUCCGCGGAAGAAAUCUCACGCUUUGGCACCCAGCGAAUCCUCAAGGAGCAGAGCUGGAGUUUGUGCACGAUCUUCGGCGCUCGCGCCCAUGCAUUUGACUGUUGCCAUGCCUGGAUUGUGAACGCGGAGCUUGCGCUUUUGUUUAGUUAUUUUUUGUUUGUUUAUAUCAAGCACCGAGAUCAAGAGAGCAGCACAGAAGUUUCCACUCCUCUAACUACAGGAAUGUCCCAGAAGGAGAGACCGACUUUCUAUCGACAGGAGCUCAAUAAGACCAUAUGGGAGGUGCCGGAGCGCUACCAGAACUUGUCGCCCGUGGGUUCUGGAGCUUAUGGAUCCGUAUGCUCCGCGUUGGACACAAAGACAGGCCUGAGGAUCGCUGUCAAGAAGCUGUCCCGGCCGUUCCAAUCCAUCAUCCACGCCAAGCGCACAUACAGAGAACUGCGGCUCCUUAAACACAUGAAACACGAGAAUGUAAUUGGUCUACUAGAUGCUUUCUCGCCCGCUACCUGUCUAACAGGAUUCAAUGACGUGUAUCUGGUGACCCACCUCAUGGGAGCAGACCUCAACAAUAUCGUCAAGUGCCAGAAGCUGACAGAUGAUCACGUCCAGUUCCUCAUUUAUCAGAUCCUGCGAGGAUUGAAGUAUAUUCACUCAGCGGACAUCAUCCACAGAGAUCUUAAACCCAGUAACUUGGCUGUAAAUGAAGACUGUGAACUUAAGAUUCUGGACUUUGGGCUGGCCCGACUGACUGAUGAUGAAAUGACGGGAUACGUUGCCACCCGAUGGUACCGUGCCCCAGAGAUCAUGCUCAACUGGAUGCACUACAACAUGACAGUGGACAUCUGGUCGGUGGGCUGCAUAAUGGCUGAGCUCCUCACAGGACGGACCCUGUUUCCCGGCACUGAUCAUAUUGAUCAGUUGAAGCUUAUCUUGAUGCUCGUCGGAACCCCAGAGCCAGAGCUCUUGAUGAAAAUCUCUUCAGAGUCUGCCAGGAACUACAUCAAUUCCCUUCCUUAUAUGCCCAAGAGGAACUUCGCAGAUGUGUUUAUUGGUGCAAAUCCAAUGGCUGUGGACCUGCUGGAGAAGAUGCUGGUUCUGGACACAGAUAAACGGAUUACUGCGUCACAGGCUCUCGCGCACCAGUACUUCGCUCAGUACCAUGACCCGGAUGACGAGCCCGAGGCAGAGCCCUACGACCAGAGCUUCGAGAGUCGCGAACUGGACAUCGAAGAGUGGAAACGGCUCACGUAUGAAGAGGUGACCAGCUUCGAGCCUCCCGUGUUUGACGGAGACGAGAUGGAGUCAUGAAGGCUGCUCCACCUACAGGACCUUCAUCCAUAAAGGAAAAUGACAUUCAAGUGCCUGCCAUCAUCAAGUGCUGGCUUCCCCCUGUUCUGAGACUGCUUAUCCAUACCUUCAUACACACUCUGUCAAAUAAGGGAAAAAAACGUGCAAACUUUUAAAAAAGGACACAGAGGAAUGUAAGGUUUUGUGUCCUGUGCCCCAGUAAGUUAAAGUGCCCCUAUUAUGGAUUUUUGAAAAUGACCAUUCAUGCAGUGUGUAACAGCUCUAAGUGAAUGAAAACAUCCUGCAAAGUUUUAAAUCUGAAAGUGCACCGUGUAUAAAGUUAUUAUCUCUCAAAAGAAAGAGUCGACUCUGAAUCAUUGAAACGAGUCGUUUUUAAAACAAAUCCCAAGCCGCUUCGUGUUGACGUCAACAUGAAACAUUAGCAUAUUGCCCGCCCACUUGUUGUGCGCACAGACCUUGGUAAACUUGAUUUUCGCGUUGGUCUGAAUGAAAAUGCAAAUUCAUUCUUUGCCACUAGGUGCUGCUUUUGGAGCAUUAAAAAUAGCUGUUUCCCCGGUAACGCUGUACACAAAGCAGCACUGCGCUCACAAACAACCAAUCGGAACAAUCACUGCAGAUUAGCGUCACACAAAGAAAAGUGAAUCGUUGAGCGAAUCGUUUGGGAGUCGUUGAGCAAAGAAGGUAAAAAUAAGUAAAUGCAUAUUAUAAGACAAUGAAAGUGUUUUUUGAUCUUGCAUACAUGUCAACCUGUUGUUGGGGACUCCCAAAACCAAAAUAUGAACCUUUCAUUACCCAUAAUAGGGGCACUUUAAAGGGUUAGUUCAUCCAAAAAUUUAUAUUUUGUUGUUAUUUACUUGCCUCACGUUUUUCUAAACCUAUAUGAGUUUCUUUCAUCUGUUGAACACAAAAGAAGAUAUUUUGAAGAAUGUUGGUAACCAAACAAUUUCUGGUAGCCAUUGACUUCCAUAGCAUUUUUCCAUACUAUGGAAGUCAGUGGCUACCUGCAACUAUUUGGUCACUCAUACACUAUUGGAACAACUUGAGGGUGAGAAAAUGACAACAUUUUAAUUUUUGGGUGAACUAUCCCAUUAACUACUUUUUGGAAAGAACACUUGAAAAUAGAGAAAAAUAUGUAUUCUCAUUAAAAAAAAAAAAACAA